GGCAACUUGUAAAAAUAUCUCAUUUUGCGUCAGAUUUGGCAGCACACUUCCUGCAGCUCAGAAACACUGUCGGACAAUGGCUUUUACUCAGCAGACACCUUUUUAUAACCCAAGAAUCCCCUUCACUGGAUCGAUCCAUGGGGGUCUGCAGGAGGGGAAGUCCAUCAGCAUCAGUGGACGAGCCCUGCCUGGAGCCGAUAGGUUCCAUGUGAAUUUACAGUGUGGUUCCAGGACCAAUGCGGACAUUGCUAUCCACCUUAACCCCCGGUAUGACAGCCACCCUGGUUAUGUGGUUACCAACAGCUUUCAGAAUGGCAGCUGGGGCAGUGAGGAGAGGAAGGCCAACUCACCGUUCCCUGCUGGCUCUACCUUCAGCCUCAGCAUCACUGUCUCCCGGGAUUUCUACCAGCUGAGCAUCAAUGGCUGCCACUUCAUGGAGUUCAGACACCGUAUCCCAUUUCACCAGGUGGACACCAUCGCAGUAGCUGGGAAAGUAGAAAUUUCCUCCAUUGCAUUCCAGAACUCCAUGCAAGCAUUCCCCCCUGCGUUUGCUUCACAAGUAGCUUUUCCCACCAAUGCUGCGUUCCCUUCUUAUCCGGUGGUUCAACCGCAGCAUGGAUUCCCCUCCUAUCCUGGAUUCCCCUCCCAUCCUGGAUUUCCAUCCCAGCCCGGAUUCCCCUGCCAGCCUGGAUUCCCCUCCCAGCCUGGAUUUCCUCCAGCAAUGCCUGCUGUUCCAUAUUGUAGCCCCAUCAGUGGUGGACUUAAACCUGGCAGGACCAUCACUAUCCAGGGGGCUGUUCUCCCCAGUGCCACAAGAUUCCAUGUGAAUCUGACCCAUCCCUCUGGCAUCGCUCUGCAUUACAAUGCACGUUUCAGCGAGAACGCUGUGGUUCGAAACACCAAGCAGGGGGCGCAGUGGGGAGCUGAGGAGCGCGGUGGAGGGAUUCCCUUCCAGCGGGGAAAGCCUUUCACGAUGACUAUCUGUUGUGAGAACCACACCUUCAGGAUUGUGGCCAAUGGGAUGCAGGCACACACCUUUAAGCAUCGUUUCUAUCCCCUCCAACACAUCACCACCCUGGAGAUCGAUGGAGACAUCAGCCUGACCUCUGUGGUGGUUUAGAGAUCCAGGACCUGUGGCUGGUCUUGAUAAUCGUAGACACAACAUGCUUUCCCUGAAAAAAUCCAUUGCAUUUAUUAAUGAAUCCAGGCUCUUUUGUAUAGGCUACUGUAUCUUUUUCUCGUGUUUAUCCAUACUACAAAUAAUCAUUCUCAUUUUUAUAUUGUCAUAUGCUAUACAGCUCCUGAAACAUUAAAGGGGAAAUCCUUCAACAAUUAUCAGGUCGAGUCAGUUGGGCUUCAUCCAAAGGCAUUCUGUAUAAUGUAGGCAGAUAAUCUCUGAGGUGAGGGAGACAAGGCAAGUUGAGAAAGAAAAGUAGGCACAACAAAGCUGCAAAUCACAACCCACACUUAAUGCAGCUGACAACAGAAUAUUGUACAACCGUUGAUUAGUCAACAGCUUGGUAUUUGAAAAGUCUGUAAAAAAGGAAUAGUGUUGGAAAUGCAAUUCCCUUUAAUUGUGUAAUCAUUUAUGUUAAACAUUGAAAUUAAAGUAUAGUGUGACAACA